AUGGCAUCACCACCAGCAUCGCCAAAUGUGCUCAUCUCAGGCUUCGGCAUCGCAAGCACAGUCUUCGCCGCCACUCUGCUGCGCGCCUACCCAAAUGCCACCAUCACAAUCGUCGAACGCGACCCAGCCAUGCGCCUCACAGGCGCCAGCGUCGACAUCCGCUCCUCAGCCGUCGACAUCAUAAAAUGGAUGUCACACGAACCCGCCAUCCGCGCAAAAACCACAAAGGAAACCGGCGUUGAAUUCGUAGAUGAUGCUGGAAAAUCAUUUGCGACGUUGAUGGCGACUGGAAACGACAAUAUCCAAACCAUGACUUCUGAAUACGAAAUCUUCAGAGGAGAUUUGGCGCGUAUUUUUUGGAAGGAGAUUGAAGACAGAGUCACGGUGAUCUUUUCGGAAACCGUGGAAAGUUAUGUUCAGAAAAUGGAUUCGGUGCUUGUUUCGUUUGCGAAUGGCAAGGCUGCUGCCUCUUACGAUUUGUUGGUUGCAGCAGAUGGCCUGGGCUCCAAGAUCAGAGGAAUGAUGCUGGGCACCUCGGUCGGGCAACACAUCCACGACGAAGGCGUCUACGCAUCCUUUUUCGUCAUCGAAAAGGACCUCCUCAACGGCUCCAAACUCGCAAAAUGGUACAAUACCACCGGCGGCAGAGCGAUUUUCUUGCGCCCAGACCCAGAUCCCAGAGGCCGCACCCGAGGACACUUUAUGAACUCUGCAUGGCCCUCUGACACCGCUGCCCGCGCCAAAAUCAACGCGGCAUUGAGAGCAGGCAACGAAGCAUACAUGCAACUCGUCGAAGAAACCUUUGCAGACGUCGGAUUCCACCAAACGCCAGAGAUUCUGGCAGCCAUGCGAUCCACACCCGACUUCUACGCUUCCAAAUUCGCGCAGGUGCGUGCGCCGCGGAUCCAAGAUGGCAGAGUGGUGCUGCUGGGCGACGCGGGGUACGCGUGCCCGGGCAUCGGCACCUCGCUCGCUAUAAUGGGCGGGCACAUUCUCGCUGGCGAAUUGCUGCAACACAAUCUCGACGUGCCGGCUGCUGCGAAAGCGUAUGAGGAUUUGAUGUUGCCGUAUGCGAAGAGUGAGCAAAGUACUCUGGGGGAUUAUGCCAUGCAGAUGCUUAAUCCGCAGUCGGCGUGGGGGUUGUGGGUUAGGAAUACCGUCUUGUGGGCUGUUACUGCGGCAAAGAUUGAUAGAGUUGCGGUGUGGAUGAUGGGAUGGUUGGGUUUGGAGGAGAAGAAGAUUAAAAUGCCGGUGUAUCCUUGGCCUGAGGUCAAGGCUUGA